GUGGGGGACUGUCACUAAGUCAGCAAUGGCAAAGCUCUAGGCUCUCAGUUUGAGGAGGUGACGGAAGGGGGUGUUGAAAAGCUGAGAAAAGUUCAAACUAACAGGUCAGACUCUCGCGGUGAUUUCCCAUUCAGCUGAAGCAUUGGGUUCCUUAAUGAGCUGAAUGAAAAUGAAAGUAUCCUAAGGAUUAAAGUUCACACCAGCUUUCGAGCAGUCACUUCCUGCUUCUCCACCAGGGAGUGCCCAUCCAGCUAUCCAAUGCCAACCAUGAAGAGCAGCUUAUCCAGGCUGACCCCCACCAAACCUCAGGUGGGUCCUGUGAAACUUCAGGAGGAAAACAAACUGGGGAAGAGCAUGCCAGCUGGAAUGAACCCUUUCAAGGAAGACACCGUCGAUGAGAUGCAUUCCUUUGCAGAGGACUUAAACCCGUUCCACAAGGAGGAGGAGGAAGGAAUGGAGAGCAUCCAGAUGCUCAACAUAAGCCUGCCAUCAGGUGAAGCUGCCAUGCCCAAGAUAAAUGGCAGUGAAAAGCACACCACUUUGACUAUGUCGCUAAAGAAGGCCUUCAAGAUGAACAAGAAGCAAGGCCGGUCCCUCACCGAGGACCAGAGCGAAGAGAAGAAGCCAUUCUUCAGGCUCCCAUCUCCUCUCUCCGAUCCGGAGGCUCCUUGGAAGAGCCAGGAGAAGAAGGCAGGCCACCCGCGGUUGGAGGAGCCGGCCUCACCAGUGAAGCUCAGAGAUGGGAGUGAGAAGGACAGCCUGGCUGACCUGCCACCCAGGAAGGUGAUGUCCUUCCUCAAACUGGGCAAACCGAAGGCAGAGUCGUCAACAGAGAAAAUGGAGCACAGGGGCAGGGCAGAGAGGAAGACAGAGACGGUGCCUGAGGUCAGGGAACCUCUCUCAGUGCUGGAGAUCUACAAACUGAUCGAGAAGAGGGACCUGGUACUGGCCGACAGCCACAUCGUGGAGCUGGAGGAGGAGUGCGAGAGGGUGAGGACCACCGACGGAGGUAAAGACGGGGGCAGGAAGGCAAAGGACAUUGAGCUGCUCUACAAAGAGCUGGAGGGGGAACUGAAGAAGAUCGUGGCUGAGUCCCUCAGCCAAACCCUCGAGGCGACGCACCUGGACCAGCUGGUGCAGACCAUUGAGGAGGAGGAGAAGGUGGACAGGGCAUGGGCCAGCUGCGGAAGGCUCCCUGAAGACACCGAUGGCCCCAGGCCCAGGCAGCUGCGGACGAAGUGGCGGGAAAUGGUGAGGGAUUCGGUGGUCGAGAGAUUGUCCCGUUGCCAGACCAACACCUCGAUUGCCCAGCGCCUGAGGAGUCUCAAAGAGCAGAUCACGAGUGACUUGAUUCUCAUCCGAAAGAACCAUGUUGCGGCCUACCCAAAGGAUUACGAUGCGUUCAAUGUCUACGUUAACAGCUACCAUGAGGUGGUUUCUUCCUGCCUCGCCGAGAUGGCCCAGAAUGAUCUAGAAAUUCAGCAAUUCUACAGCUUUCUCCAAUGGUGCCACAACGAUUAUGUCAGGGAUGUGAUAGGCCACGAGGAACUUGCUGCACACGUCAGAAAACAACAGUUGAAACCGUUGCUGCCGGCAGAAACAAUGCAGCAGCUGGAGGCUAAAUGCAUUGCCCUGGUGAAGGCACAGAUAACGAAAAGCAUGAGUGAGGAGCUUAUCGCGGAAAAAGACAAGUGGGAGGCAGGGGGUGACGCAUAUCAAUCCGAGCUCCCAAACAGGAUGAUUCAGCUCCUGAAAGGUCACGUCACGCACUCUGCUGCAGUCAACCAAGAGUUCGGGGCUCAAGUCAGUCUCUGCUGCCUCUCUGGCCUAGCUGACUUUCUGCAAAGUUUUCAGAAGCACGCACAAGAGUUUUUUCAGCAGUACCGCGAGGCGGCAGACAGCAGGGAGCUGAAGGUCACACAAGCGAUCGCGGUGGUGAGUUGCUGCCCUGUGUUCAGAGACUACAUUGAGCGCCUGAGGCAGAAAGUCGUCAGUGAUGGUGAAGAAGAGACAAAGAAAGCGUUGGCCUGUCUGGACAAAGUGGUGAUGGGAGGCAACAAGCUGCUAACGGAGAUGCUGUUUGAGGAACUAAAGCCAAACCUCUCAAAGCUGCUGAAAAGUAAAUGGCUGCAAAACAAGGAGAAUUUUGAAAGGAUCACCACCAGUAUCAAGAAACACUUCAACCAGUUCCGAAAAAUGAAAAGCCCUCCCUACCAGGAUUUGGUGAAUGGUAUUCACAAGAAGGUGGUCAUGGAGUAUUUGAGAGCAGUGAUGCAGACAAGGAUAGUUUGCCAUUCAGCAGAUAUGCGAAUGAAAGUUGCGGGGCGGCUGAGCAAAGAGUCUACAGAGCUCAGGGAGCUGUUCGAAAACCUGGAUUCUAGUGCAUCCUGGCUGGAUCCUGUCCUUGAUCACCUGGCUGAGAUUAUCUCCCUGAAGGACAUGUCCUCCAUCCAGGUGGAAGUUGGGGUUUUGGUGAACAGCUACCCUGACAUUCGGAAGGAGCACAUUGCUGCCAUGCUGAACAUACGGGGAGAUAUCAACCACCAAAACUGCCAAAGCAUCCUGGAGACGCUGCAAGACUUUGACAGCAAUGAUGGGGGCUCCAUCCCCCCUCGGGACAGAGCAUUAUUUGUCGAGAUUGACACCGCUCCGGGCCUGCAAUGUGUCGACCUCAACAUGAGCCGUGCCUUGGGCUGCUUCUCCCUGUUCCGUCGACGCAUCAGGUGACCAGCGGACUGUACAACUGGGAUGCUGGUAGAUCCGCUUGCAAAUAAUCCUGGAAAUAAUUACCAUCUCAAGUCUGCUGACUGGAGGCUUGAGGUCAACUGAUUAUAAGGUCCGUCGUGUAUUUUCCUUGGACAACUCCAGGGACGGUCCUCAUCACUUAUGAGAAGAGACCAGCAGACUCCAGUCCUUCCCGGUCUGGUCCCUAAUUACAAAUCAAUCCCAGGCGAUUGCGAUGUCCAAUAUGGCGCCCAUUGGCUCACUCAGAGAGAGCAUACUGGCAUAGCUCACAAGCUGCCAACAUUCCGAGGCAAAUUCCAGGUAUCCUGAACCAAAGAUGGCUCCAUAAACAGCGACAUCGCAAACUUUUCACUGCACUCACUCGAGCUCCCGGGACAAUAAAGUUAAUCCAGUUCAAUUGGCUGAGUGUGAGACUGAGGUACAGAAUAGGUACCUACAGUGCGGAAGCAGGCCAUUUGGCCCAUUGAGACUGAGGCUGAUAUGAGGUACUAGGAUGUGGCUGAAAAUACAUAGGAGGUUGAGAGGCGACCUGAUACAAGCUUAGAACAUCAUGAAGGGUAUAGACAGAGCUAAUCUUUUCUCUACGAUCGGGGAUUUCAAGACUAGGGGGCACGUUUUCAAGGUGAGAGGAGAGAGAUUUAAAAAAGACAUAAAGUGGCAAAUUUUUGAGGGUGGUCCAUGUGUGGAAUGAACUUCCUGAGGAAGGGGUGGGUGUGGGUACAGUUACAACAUUUCAAAGACAUGUGGAUAAGUACAUGAAUAGGAAAGGUUUGGAGGGAUAUGGACCAGGUGCAGGCAGGUGGGACUAGUUUUGUUUGGGAUUAUGGUCGGCAUGGACUGGUCGGACCAAAGGGUCUGUGUCCAUGCUGUAUGUCUCUGUGAGCUGCUGUAAUUUGAAUAACACCCAAAUGCAUUUUUCUUUUAGUUCUUCCAUGGGAUGUGGGCAUUUUGUCACCCGUUCUUAAUUGCUUUUGAACUGAGAGCCUGUUUCAGAGGGCGAUUAGGAGUUCACCCCAUUGCUGUGGGUCUGGAGUCACGUGCAGGCCAGACUGGUAAGGGCAGAAGUCCUUAAAGGGGCUUGAGAGAACCAGAUGGGUUUCUUUUUAAUUUCAAAGUUGUCCAUCACCACGUCUAACUUUGAAUUCUGGUUCUUUAACUCCUCAAGUUUAAUUUUCACUACUUGGUCAGGGUAAAAUUUGAACACCUGGCCCUGGUGCAUCAUUGGAUUACUGAUGGUAUCAAGACUCAGGAAGAAGGGUUUAAGGAUCAUAGAAUCCCUAUGGUGCAGAAGCAGGCCAUUUGACCCAUUGAGACUGAACUGGCCUUCCAAAGAGCAUCCCAAUCAGGCUUACUGUAUCCCUGUAAACCUGCAUUCCCCAUGGCUAACCCACCUAGCCUGCAUAUCCCUGGGCACUAUGGGUAAUUUAGCAUGGCCAAUCCACCCUAACCUGCACACCCCUGGGCACUAUGGGUAAUUUAGCAUGGCCAAUCCACCCUAACCAGCACAUCCCUGGGCACUAUGGGUAAUUUAGCAUAGCCAAUCCACCCUAACCUGUGCACCUUUGGACUGUGGGAGGAAACCCACGCAGACACGGGAAGAAUGGGCAAACUCCACACAGACAGUCACCCAAAGGUGGAAUUGAACCCAGGUCCCUCGCGCUGUGAGGCAGCAGUGUUAACCACUGAGCCACCAAGGAGGGGAAGAAUUUAUUUUACACACUGAGUUGUAAUGACCUGGAGCUCUCUGCCUACAGAUCAGGGUGAAAUCGGAGAUGAUGUCUGAUUUUUUUUAAGUUGGUUCACGGGAUAUGGGCAUCUUUUGCCAGUACCUCUGUUUAUUACCCAUCCCUAAUUACCCAGAGAGCGUUUCAGAGAAAACCACACUGUUGUGUAGGGCACGGAUGGUAGAUUUCCUUCCUUGUGCCCUACAGGGCAUUAGGGAAUCAGAUGGGAUUUUAUGGAAAUUACAUUGUCGUGUUUAGGCCAGUUUUUAAUUCCAGAAAUUCUUUAAUAUAGAAUUCAAAUUUUACCGUCUGCCCUGGUGGGGUUCAAACUCACAGUCCCAGACCAUUCGCCUAGUUUACUGGUUUACUAGUCCAGGGCAUUAUCGCUCAGAUACUACUUCCCCAUUCCUCCAUCAAGUGGCAAUAUUAGGCCGUUCAGCCCAUUGAGUCAGUGCUGUCCUUUCAAAAGCCAAUUCAGCAGAAACUUGAAGGCAAUAAGGAUAUGGAGAAAGGGUGGAGGUUUG